AGAUGUAGAAUUAGGGCUUGGUGUUUUCAGGGCAGCGGGGAGGACUGACUUCGCAGAGGAGGAGACAUGGGUCGCGGGGAAGGGGUUUAGGGUUUACGCCUAGAGGACGGCCCUUGAGCCAAUUCAAUUCCAAGCUUCUCUUGCGAUGGCGAUGGCGUUGGCGGCCUUGUUGGCCAGGCUGCGCAGCCAAGGCGCUGCUAAGGUGCCGCGCCAUUCCCUGCUUCCCGAUCUCGUUCGCCGUGCUCUGCUGCCGACGGGGAUUUCUCAGGAACAAACUUAUGCUACCAGAAGUAUGCCUUCAAAGUCGCGAGGAGCAUGGGAGAAGUGUGGAAAGAGAGGUGAUAUGGACAAUGAGGACUACGGGUAUGCAUGGGAUGAUCAUGAAAUGGGGUUUGGCAGGGAAGCUGAAAUUCCACAUUACGGCAAGAAGCAACAGAAGGAAGAGAAGAAAAAAAAAACGGGCAAGAAAUCUUUCAAGCUGCGGACGGAAAAAUGCUUGAGGCCUUUCAGCUUAGAUGUUUUUCUGUCUGGGAAGUACAUCCACGCUAGCGUCAUGCAUCGUGUUACCAGCAAAGUGGUUGCGGUUUGCAGCACUAACGCUAAGGAGUUCCGAAACAAUUUGAAAUCAUACAAGGACUUUACUGCUUGUAAAGUUGUUGGAGAGACUCUAGCUCAGAGGGCUAAAGAAGCAGAUGUGUUCACGGUCGUGUAUGAGCCCAGGAAAGGGGAAAAAUUUGAGGGGCGAUUGGCAGCCGUAGUGCACACCAUAGAAGACAGUGGCAUCAAUGUGGACAUGGAUUAAGGUUUAGGCCGUGACAGGUACACAUGAUCCGUCGUACUUGGCUCUGAACGCUUUGCCAUCUGUAUCCUUACUGUGAGGUCUAAUUGUCUUGUGCAGUCCAUCCAGUUCAGUUAUCCUCUCAAAUCACCAGAAAGUUACAAUCCAACACUCUAGCUCACCUAUUCUUGUCGUGGCAAUAUGUAGAUUGUUGUCAAUUGCCCAGGACUCUGCUGCGUUCUCAAUAGAAGACUGGGUUUUCAUGCUUAAAUUUAAGUUAUUCGAAGAAAUUCGCAGUCAUUGAGCGGUAACCGGAAGAAAAACCGAGAGGUUAACGAGAGAGGUGGCUUGAACUUAGCGUUCUCUUCCACGACUCACAAGUCCUGCGCAGGGUGCUUUUCCCAUUGAAUCUGUACCAGUGAAACUUAACAGCGAAGUUGCAGCGCUUGUGAUUUCAUGCCCAUCUUCUGAUGAGAUUGGUUGACAACGACAUCACGAUUGGGCUAGAGUAGAAGAGAGGAUAGAGAGCGAGUUUGUGCAUAUUGAGGAUAGGUGUAAGGAUUGAAUGAGGCAGUUCAGAUGUGAUAUGCCUGGCACUUGAAGCAGCAGUUCAUUCAUUAUUUUUGUUCCUAAAGCACUUUAAUUUCUACUCCGUGCACAAAGCUUGAUGAAAAGCUUGAAAUUUUUGUGAA